GCAGUUGACAGGGUUGGCUGACAGCCUGACACGCGUGGCUGGUAGGUCGUUCUGUAACUUUGGUACACCUUCAGUAGCUCCGGACUCUACGUUUCUGUUCGCAAACAGGCAACCAUGAAUUGAGUGAUGAUGAAAUAACGUUCAGAUACGACGUUCAUCGUCGAGGAGCGUUCGGCUAACAAGCGUCGGAAUUGCCGCAAAACUGCAAGUCUUCACGAGCGUCACGCGUGGAGCGCGGAGGCUUGUCCGGGAUCCAUCGGCCCGGCAGCCUCAUCUGCACACGCUCGUGACGCCAACAACAGGAGGCAUCGCAGGAAUCGACCAGAGCAUCGACAGACAUCAUACCAACCCUGCUUCGUGACAGGAGGUCCUUCUUACCCACAAGGUUCGCGAGAUGGCAUCUACCGAGGCACAGGAAGCAGCGGCCAAACAGCGCAUCAUCAAGCACAUGAACGCGGACCACCACGAUUCUAUCCGUCGCUAUGUCGAAGCUUACGUCUCCACAAGCCCCAGGCAAAGUCACUCUGCGCAGAUGACUGAUAUCGAUCUCAAUCAGAUGGCAUUCAGUGUUGGCGAGCAGAUGAGCACUGUAACCUUCAAUCCGCCCAUGAAGAGCCUGCGCGAAGCAAGAGAGCGUCUCGUUCAGAUGGACAAAGACACUCUGCAGAUCCUUGGCCGCAGCGAUAUCACUGUCAAUCGCUACAUCCCACCGUAUGCCAAGCUGGGCCAUCUGUUCAACUUCACGCAGUGCAUGCUGGUCUACCUUCUGCUGCCGAGGGGAGCCAACUUCGAGCCAGGUAGUCUGAUGUACGACACUUUUCUGUUUAUGGUUCCGGCGUUCGCAAGGUUCGUGCUGCAGGUCAGGUGGAUCGUAUUACCCGUCAUGCUGGCCAUUCACAUCACUGAGUCUUUCAUCAUGGCAAAUAAGGUGAAGAGACACGGGCUAAGCUCUGCUGACACUGUCUGGUGGCAGUGGGUCGGGAGCAGCUUCGUAGAGGGCGUCACAGCGUUUUGGCGUUUAAAUGAAUUGAUUGCGGAGAAACAAAAGGAGAAAGAUGCGAAGAAGCAUUAACGGACUAGCAUGAUGAAUACAGCGAUCGUUUCCCAGCAUACUCAAAUGAUUAUCACGUUCAAGUGCAC